GCAACGCACUUAUUAAAUAUGGCAGCGUACGUGUUUACGAAAGUGUGCUCCUCGGCUGCUCAAACAGCUGUCAAGCAAAUUGGAAGACAAUCUGUGAUCAGUGGCUUCAGGAGGCAACUGAGGAGUGCUGCGCAUUCAGGAGUGGUGUCAACACAACAGCCUAUCACAAUCUCAAAAGAAGAACAGACAGAUUUGUAUGGACCGGAAGAUGAACUGGAAGCGAGGGUCCUUCGCGAAUCGCUCGAACAUCACGACUUCUUCGGCGUCGGCGACACGUUCACGACGCACGACCUCUUCGACGCGCGCGUCCACCUCGGCCACGCGCUCGGCUCGCUCGACGCGCGCAUGCGCCAGUUCGUGUUCGGACAGCGCCUCGGUCAGCUCAUCAUCGACCUUGAACAGACGGCGCCACUGCUGCGCGACGCGCUCAACUUCACCGCACACAUCGCCUACCGCCGCGGCAUCGUGCUGUUCGUCAGCCGGCAGCCGCAGACCGCGGCCAUCGUCGAGAAGGCUGCGCAGGAGUGCGGCGAGUACGCGCACUGCCGCUACUGGCAGGGCGGCGUGCUGACGAAUGCCAACGAGCAGUUCGGCGCCGUCACGCGACUACCGGACGUCGUCGUCUUCCUCUGCACGCUCAACUCGGUGUUCGAGUCGCACAUCGCCGUCCGCGACGCGGCGAAGAUGCUCAUACCGACCGUCGGCGUCGUCGACACCAACUGCGAUCCGAAUCUGGUGACUUAUCCCGUGCCGGGGAACGACGACACGCCGGCGGCCGUGCGUCUCUACUGCAGACUGUUCAAGGAGGCCGUGCUGCGGGGCAAGGCCAAGCGGACGGAGAUGGAGCAGCGGUUGCGGUCGGAGAUGGAGCUGCGGUAACCACACGGGCUUGAGUGAUGUGUGUGCCAACAGGGGAAAAAAUACCUUUUUUUUUUUUCACUGGAGCUCUUUUUCAAGUCUGUCGAAAAAAUAGCUCAUGUCAAAAAUGUUAUGGGAGCUAUUUUGAGCCUCACGGGAGCGAUUUCGGAGGUUUGAAGAGCGGAUCGCUCAUCGCUCCUGUGUAUUUUUUACCCUGGGGGGGGGGAGUCAUGGAAGAGGGAGCAUAAAUGCAAAACGCGCGUUGCCGUCACGAUUGGCCUGCAGAUGUUUCAUUAUGCAGUCAGGAUUUGUUCGAUUCUCGACAGAAAAUUCAAGAGCCGACUUAUUACUGACCAAAAGCAUGUGUAUGUGUGCAUAGGUUUUAGCAAAUAGAUAGGAUAAGAAUUAUAACAUCUACAUACGCGUGUGGCAUGCAAUGCGAACUUAUGGAGGAUUGGACUUCAAGCUGUUGCUGCCUUGCAUAAGAAAUGUCAUAAAAUGAACAUUGUUAUGUGUGACUAAGACUAAGAGGUCCAAUGGUCUGGAUAUCUACAAACACAUCUGACGACUUCAUUAACAAGUACAGAAUUUUGCAAUGCACUAAUUGCAAUCACGCACAUAGGCCUGAUAGUUAUAAUAAAGAUAUUAGUAUGUGUACAGUUCAUAAAAAUCUGAAUAAAACGUAAUUUAGUAUUAUACAAAUUA